GUCGAACUUCAAUAUAAUAUCAAUUUCCCAAAAGCCGAAAAGGAGCAUCCAAAAUCUCAGCCCGCGGUUUGAUUUCCUCGAUGAGCACGACGUCGUUUAUGGACAAGCAGUAAUGGAUCUGUCGCAGGAAUCAGCGCAGCAGCAGCACCACCAGAACGACGACUUCAUCAACCUGAUGAAGAUUGGCAGCAACACCAGCAACAGCCACCGCGAAGGCGGAGGAGAAGAAGAGUAUCAGGUCGGCGGGGGCGGCCAUGGAAGUGGGAUUUACAACAAGGAGAAUCAGGAGAUGCUUCCCAGCUACGAUUUCCAGCCGAUUCGCCCCGUCGUCGGUGCUUCUUCUCUGUCGCCGAGUUUCGACUGACGCGCCCAAUCUUGGAGGAGGAGGACUGACCAGGGCGUGGAACUCCGGCGAGUCCAAGUCGAACACUGCAUCUCCAAUUAGAAAUUAUGGGUCAAUGGAUUCCCUUGAACCUGCAAAACUUGUAUUAGAGAAGGACCGCAAUGCCGUAAUUCAGUCAGAGAUUGACCAGACCAUGAAGAAGCAUGCUGAUAAUUUGCUACAUGUGCUGGAAGGUGUUAGUGCACGACUAACACAACUAGAGAGCAGAAGCCGCAAUCUUGAGGAUUCUGUCAAUGAUUUGAAGGGUAUUCUUAGAGAUGUGCAAACAGAUGUUAAGGAUUUGAAGGACGCGCAAGAAAUGGUAGAACUGAAUCUUGCAAGGAUACAAGUAUCGAAUACAAAGAUAGACCCUCAACUGGAACCUCAGAAUGCUGGACAACGACACACUGAGCAGACAGCCGCCUCUGCUCCUCAACAUUCUCAGCAACAAAUUCAUCCCCCCAUGAACCUUCCUCCCUCACUUCCUGGUGUUUCUCAUCCAAAUGCUCCUCCCCAACCUAUCCCCCAAAAUGUACCACAUGCAGUUCAACUUCCAAAUCAGUUUUCUCAGAACCAGAUCCCUCCCGUCCCUCAGAGAGACCCUUAUUUCCCAGCGCCUGGUCAAACUCAAGAAGCCCCAAAUCAUCAAUACCAAGUACCUCCAGUAUUCCCAGCCGCCACCCCAGCUGCCUCAACAGCACCCUUCGCUUGCACUGUUAAUCCCUCUCAAAUCCAGCCUACAUUAGGCCACCACACUGAAGAGUCGCCUUAUAUCCCUUCCCAGAACUACCCACCAAUUCUUCGCCAGCCACCUUCUCAUACACCCAGCGGUCACCCUCCUUCCCAACAGUAUUACAGUCCAGCUUCAAAUGCAUAUGAGCCACCUUCUAGCAGACCCAGUGCAGCGUAUCCUUCUGGGUAUAACCCUCCAUCUGGGCUUGGUAGCUCCUCAAUGAAACCACAACAUCACUCUUCUUCUGCUACAGCUCAAAGUGGAGGCAGUGGUUACCCACAGCUCCCAACUGCUCGGGUGCUACCACAUGCCAACCCUACGCCAUCUGGGGCGGGUGGCAGUUCACCUUCAUCCGGUAGUGGAAGCAGGGUAGCCAUUGACGAUGUGAUUGACCAAGUGGCAACUAUGGGUUUCUCCAGAGACCAAGUUAGGGCUGCAGUUCGGAAGCUGACAGACAGUGGCCAGUCAGUUGACCUCAAUGUGGUGCUAGAUAAGUUGAUGAACGACGGGGAUGUUCAGCCGCCCCGAGGUUGGUAUGGCCGAUAG